GUCAAUUAUACAAUCUUAGUCUGCCAACACAUAGAACAAGUCCUCAUUGUUCUUGACACCCACCAUGUGGCAUCCCGCCACGCCGCGCCGGCCAAUUCAGCCAUUGCUGCUGUACUUAAGCCACCUCUUGUACUCACACUCCUCUUGAUGGAUUCUUCUUCCACCUCUAGCUCGGCCAAGAACUAGGAGGUGUGGUCUGAGUGGAGAUUGAGGUUUGAGGAUUCGGUGAUCGGGAAGUGGAGGAGGGAGAUGGAUAGGCUGGUGAUACCGGAGCCGACGAACGAGGUGGUGGUGCGCGUGGAGCCCGGGAGGCCGGCGAGGGGGGAGCUGACGCUGAGGAACGCGAUGCACACCAUGCCGGUGGCGUUCCGGCUGCAGCCGGCGGUGAGGAGCCGCUUCGCCGUGCGGCCGCACACAGGGAUCCUGGCGCCGCUCGCCGCGGUGACCGUGGAGGUGGUGUACCUGGCGUCCGCGGCGCCGGAGGGGCCCGGUGGUGGUGGGGGAGCCGGCCGCGGGGAGGACGCGUUCCUCCUGCACAGCGUGGUGGCGCCCGGCGCCGCGGUGCGGGAGCCCGUCACGGCGCUGGACUCGGUGAACCCGGAGUGGUUCUCCGCGAGGAGGAAGCAGGUGUUCGUGGACAGCGGCAUCAGGGCGUGCUUCGUGGGCGCCGCGGUGGCGGCGCGUCUGGUCGAGGCCGGCGCGGUCGAGGCGCUCAGGGAGGUGCUCGACCGCAGCGAGCCGGAGUGGCGCGCCGCGGACGCCGUCGACGAGUCCGGGCGCACGCUGCUCGACCUCGCCGUCGGCCUCGGCCGCGCUGACAUCGUGCAGGUGCUCCUUGAGUACGGCGCCGACGCCGACAAGCCGAGCCGUGGGCGGACCCCGCUCGAGACAGCCGCGGCCUCCGGCGAGUGCCUCAUCGCCGAGCUCCUCCUAGCAAACGGCGCGACACCGGCGGGCUCCGACGCGCUCCACGUGGCUGCGGCCGCCGGCCACAAUGAUGUCCUGAAGCUGCUUCUUGGAAAGCCCGCUUCAGCUUCUCCCUCGUCGGCGUCCUCCGCUUCCUUCUCUUGCUCCUUCACGUCCAUUGACGCCGCGGGGAGGGACGGCAAGACUCCUCUGCGGCUAGCGGCGGAGGCUGGGAGGAGGGACGCCGUGAAGGCGCUCCUCGCCGCGGGCGCGAGAGCCGACGCGAGGUGCGGAGCGGACGGCGGCACCGCGCUCCACGCCGCGGCGAGGCGCGGGGACGAGGUGAUCGCGCGCCUCAUUCUCGCGAACGGCGCUGCCGGCACGGCGGCGGUGCGCGACGCGGCGGGGAAGACGGCCUUCGAGAUCGCCGCCGAGGAGUGCCACGGCGGGCGGAUCAUGGACUUCCUCGGCCUCGGCGAGGCGAUCCUCGCCGCCGCUCGCAAGGGCGAGGCGCGGGCCGUCCGCCGCGCGGCCGACGGCGGAGCGUCCGUGGAGGGGCGAGACGCGCACGGGUGGACGCCGCUCAUGCGCGCCGCGUUCAAGGGCCGCGCCGACACCGUGCGCGACCUCGUCGACCGCGGCGCCGACAUGGACGCUACCGACGCCGAGGGCUACACGGCGCUGCACUGCGCCGCCGAGGCGGGACGCGCCGACGUGGUGGACCUCCUCCUGAAGAGCGGCGCGAACGCCAAGACCACGACGGUCAAGGGGAGAUCCGCCGCGGAGGUCGCGGCCGCCGCCGGCAAGUCCAAGGUGGUUCGUCUCCUCGAGAAGGCCGGCGGGGUGGGUCGCAAGGAGGUCGCCGAGAAGACGUCGCCGGCGGCCGUGGUGGGGAAGGCGGGGAGCCUGGACAGGAGACGGAGGGGGAGGAAGGGAAGCAGUGGCGCCAUUCGGUUCGGUGGCGGGAAGGACGGGUUUGAAACUGCCGCGGUUGCCGUCGGUUGGUCGCAUUAAUGUCGCACUUCAAACUGAGGUGGCCAUUUGGAUUUUGGAAGAUUCAGAUGGGUGAGUUGGAAAUUGUGAUUAGUUUUGGGUGAGAGGUGAUUACUGAUAUGUCUCCGGGGAAUGUUUAAAUGUGUUUUUAUGUAGUAUAUAUUGUGGUAUACAUACAUUUUGUAAAAAUUAAUUCUCUUAGAACAGUAGUAAUAAUUAUAGUUCAAAGGUUUUACUUUUUGUUUGUUGUUAUUGUCAGAUUUCUUACUAGAAUGGUAGGGCCAAGACGGUCCGAAUUGUUGUAAAAUAGUGGGAAUUAACUUUUAAUUAGUUGUUCCAUGUUGGGUUAAGAAAGAAAAUGAUGAAAAUUAUACGUCGA